AUGCAAAAUCAGGCCCUUCUGAACGAAACUGAGAUUUAUUCUUCAAUUCUUGAGGAAGGGCCUUUCCAGCUAUCAUCAUUUCACACAGAUAUACCAUAUAUUGAUAAGAUUGUCAGUUUGCAGCUUAUUCCUGCAAAUGAUUAUUUUCCUUUUCUCAAACGACUACAAUCAUCAGACAAUCCGAGAUCUCUCUUAUCCGAAGUAUUCGAAAAUAUUCCGUUCGAUGAAGAAUCUCUGUUGACAUUUAUCAAUAGUCCAAAUUUAUCACUUAAAUCCAUUUAUAUUUCAUCAUACUACAUUCACUUAGCUUUUCUUACAUGGAUUGCAGCAAAUAAAGAUAAUAGUUUGCCUCCAAAGUCCUUAAUUUCUGCAAUUUCUUUUAUAUCAGAUUCAAGUAUCUUUGGUGAUGCAAAGGAAUCAACAGUAAUUUCACAUUCCAUAUUCUAUUUCUUAUUCAAUGAGUUUUUAUCGAAAGAAAAAACUAAUUUCUCCGACUAUACAUCAUAUCUCGUUAUUUUCCUCACCCAGAAUAGACACUCCCCAGACAUAUUUUAUAAACUUCUACUUCUGGCUGUUCCGACCGCUUCAGAAAGAAAUUUUUCCACUCACAUUGAAGAUAAAUUUUAUGAUUACUUAUUAUUAUGUACUUCACUUGAUUUGCCAUCAAGCGUAGCAUCGGAAUUUAUACAAUCCAUAGUAUACCACAUUUCUGCAUUAGAUUACAAUUCGAUUUCUGUUUUCCAAAAAUUAUGUCCGUAUUUACGGGAAGAAGACAACUUAAACCACUUCAUGGAGCUUAUUUCCAUGGCAAUAGUUAACGCUGCAAGCACAGUUCCCCACUGUUCCGUUCCAGAAAAAGGAGAAAUUGUCGAAGUUGACGAUAGUCAAGCAGAUAACUCACUUUUACAGUUCUUAAACUACGACUCGUUCCCUAAUGGACUUAAUAUCGAAGAAGUGAAAGAUUUAACUGAUGUUUUAACGAUAAAUGACUUAAUUGGUUCAGAUUUCAUCACAAAAAUCGACGUUAUCAUUUCAAUUCUCAAAUUCUACGAAUCAAAAGUGCCAGACUUCAUGAAUAACCUAUUUUCAUGCAUAAAAUGCCAAAUUAAAUCUUCAUAUACGCUUCAACUCUUCGGAGUUGUCCUUUACAUGGCCAAUGCUAUACCACAAAUACAAAACAUGACAAUUCUCGAUGAAAUGUUGCACAGCAAAGCUUUAUUUUGCCCAGAAAUUACAAUUUACAAUAAUCCAGAAAAUUUUGCAUAUUUAAGUCUACUGAGAAACUACGCUUUAAGACUAUUCCUCACCAAACCAGAAAUUCUCAUUAAUUAUCUCUCAGAAGUCAGAAAAUAUCCUUUAUUAUUCGCAGAAAUCAUGUAUAGAUUCAUUGCAAUAGGCGGAAACUCAAUACCAUCGAAUCUUAUUACGAGUUCUCUCAUCAAAUCCGCGUUAUUUUACAGAACAUUUGACAAUGACUCUACAAGAAAGGCCCUUUUGUCAAUUUUCUUCGUUAUUCAUACUACUUUCCAGCAGAAAACAAUAGUCGCUGAGUGCUUUUCCAGCAGAUUCUUCGCCCAAGAAUUUCUUGUAUUUUCAUACGAACCAAAGAUAAGACAAUUCGUCUUAAGCAACGUUAGAAGCUACCUAGUAUCCGAAAAAGAUACCGAUAUCAACCUUUUACACCUGUUAUCAAGUUAUAUGGAUAUAACUUGUCCAAUGUUCCCAGCAAUCAAGAGUGUAGAGCUUGUUUCGGAUUUAUUGCAUACAAUUACCGAUGUUUUGAUCCACAAAUGGCAACUUGCAGGAAUUUUUGAAAAAUUGCUUUUUACUUUGAUAAAAUGUGGCGCAAUCUUAGAGCCAACGCCUGAGAGUGAAGAGUUCAUUGACAGUUUCAUCGGAUAUCUCGCUCAAGUCUCGAUUAUGCACACAUUAACAAAUCCCGAGUUAAAUGCCGUAGAAAACAUCAUCAAAAACAUAUAUCCGAAGGGCCCACCAAUCAAGAUCUUCCUUAAACUCGUCCAAGUUGCUGCUUCCACUGCAUUGGCCUCGCAAUCAACUUCAAUUAUUGUAAAACAACCGAAAGUUUUACAUUUAAUCAUUGAUUUGUACCAAGGCGGCAACUCAUUUGGCGAAGUGAUCCGAUUCCUCGGUGGAAUAUGCCAGUAUUCCUAUAAAAACUGCUUGGCAUUGCAUAUUGGCGAAAUUGAUCUCAAAUUGAUUUCAAUUUUGAAGACAGACCAAGGCGCCGCGAUGUCCACAGAUAUUUUUACAGCUCUCAACAGGAUAUCAACUGUUAUUUCCUCCGUAUCUUUCAUGCAAAAGUACGUUUCUUUGAUUUGUCCUCAAAAUGGCAUAAUUUCCCAACUGAACAUCGACGCUCUGCGGGCAAUUACGAGUAAUAUGUCGAUUGCCAGAAGAAUUCCUUUAGUUUCUAUGCCAUUUUCGAAUGAUUCGAUCAUAACAAUCAAAGAUG